AUGUCAAACCAGCGGUAUGACGCCGAUCAAUACGGCCAGAGCUACAACGCCCAUCAUCAGACUGCGAGACGACCAAAAUACCAAUCCACCUCCCGUUCGUCGGACUACAUCUCUCGACCGACGCCUUCAGGCCUGGAAGACUACAUCUCCAAGCCCUCGCAGUCCCAGCGCAUCGCGAAUCCCAGGAGCAGGAGCUAUGUUGCUUCAAACUCAGACUACAUCGCCCGACCCGUGGAAUCAACAAGUGACUACAUCUCCCCACGCUCGCCGAGGUCCAGUCUCUACGCAAGCGGCAGCAGCAGCAGGUCAACCCACCAUGGCCGAAGCGCCCAGUACUCUCCAUCGCGCUGUUCUUCAACGCACUACGCUACUUCGCGGAGCACAUACAGUCACGCAUCACAAGACAGCAUCCUCCCCCACGCAGAAACCUGGAAUGACACCCAGCUCAUCAAGCAAGGCGGCUGGGAGAGCAGACUCGAGUUUAUGCGUUCCCACGGCCUAAAGGACUACGAGCACGAUGCCUUCCAGGAAGCAAGCCACAUCCUAGACAAGUACCGCGCCCUGGAUGCGCAAAACUACAACAAUGACGGCUACAACGACCGCACCGGUUCAGCGAGCGACGUGGAAAGUUACCACCGCAACGGCUCCUCGUACGCCUCCUCGCACAACAACUACGACUCCGACUCCAACGACUCCGACUCCGACUCCGACAAUGAUAACGGAAAAGACGCAUACGACAAAGGCUCAGACAUAUGUUCGUACCGCAGCACCACGCCGUCGGACCUCGCCUCGCGCGCCUCCUCGUCCAUCGCACGCUCAGACGUAUCCGCCACGCGGUACGCAGCAAGCGACUACGACGACGAGAUCGGCGCAGCAUCCGAGGACGAAAAGAUUCCCUCGGACGAUAGCCGGAGUGCAGGGAGCGGGUAUGCGUCCAGCAGUGCGGGGGCAGUAGGACAAGGUAGCGAUUAUUUCUCGUGUGAUGAUGAUGAUGACGACGAAAUAGGACAAGAGGGUGGAGGGCAGGACGACGACGAAGGCGCUGGUGCACCGAGCGAUGUUGCGAGUGAUGUUGGGGGCCCUGGAGAUGACGGUAGCGACGCUGGGUAUGAAGAUGAUUAUAUGGAUAAUGGGGGGUAUGAUGAUUAUGAUGCGAUAGGGGACGAAGACGAUGAGGACUAG